UAAUCACAUGACCCAGAAAGGAUACUCGCUGGAGCCUGAACUCACAUUUGGAGAAUUUUGCAAACAACUUUUCUCGUCUGAGGGUUUCAAGAACCACCCUCAGAUGCUCCUCGUGCUCCUUCUGGCUCUUCGAGUAGACAAGAAUAUCAUCAAUAAAGACAAUAACAAACUGAUCGAG